AUGAUCGCCUAUAUUGGCAAGCUCAAUUAUCAUCCUUAUUCUCAGGAUGAGAUAUUCAGUGUGAUCUUUGACACCAACUUGCUCCCGGGCGACGGAGUAGCCGUUAUUCACCAAUGGACCAGGGAUGCGUCUGGCAAGUCGAAGAGUAAUUCGUUUGCCCAGGGCACAGUGAGCAAGUCUGUCAUAUUGAGCCCUGGGGAGAAGGAGGUCGAGUUUCUCUAUAACGAGAGGGAAACCUAUUAUUAUUGGUACAAGGGAAGGCAGACGGGCGCGAAACUGAUCCUGUCGAUGUAUAACAAGGGGGGAGAGGAGGUUGCGAAGAACAUCGAGCUUGUGGCGGUUUAUUAUUGA